AUGCCCAUCCCGAACCCACGCCGGGAGUUCCUUAGUCUGCAGCCAGAGCCUGUCCCCGCAGAGGCUGCUGCUUUGACGGACGCCCACCUUGCUCUUCGGUUGGUUACGAUUAACGUACAAACAUUAGAGGAAGACGGGCAUAAAAAUCUACCCGGCCGUACCCCGUACAUCCGAGCACAGCUUCACGAGCAAGGCGCCACUUUCAUCGGAUUACAAGAGACGCGCUCAAAAAGAACUGAGACGAUUGUUUCCCAGACGCACCUGCGAUACACCUCUGCCGCAGACGCUUCAGGUAAUCUUGGUGUGGAACUCUGGAUUUCACGCCAUCAUCCAUUUGCGUGGCAAGGUCAGGUUCCAGCCAGAGCUGCUCCAUCGGACUUCCGGGUAGUCGGGUGGUCACCUAGACACCUGUUUGUUCGCUGCCAGAGGGAUACGAUCAGGUUCCUCCUCACUGUGUGCCACGCUCCCACAACUGCCGAUGCCCACCGCAACAGCUGGUGGAAGGGGUUCUCGGAUGCCUUGAUAAGUCAUGUAGGCGAACUCUGCUGGGAAAAGGAACAGGACAUUCCCGAACAGCUGAUGCGCCUGCUAAAAACACUUAAUCUCUGGAUACCAGCGACUUAUCAGUGCUGCCACGAUGGCCCAUCGUACACUUGGGCUGCCCCCGGCAGCGGAAGUAAGUCCCGGUUAGAUUACGUGAUCAUUCCAGGGGCGUGGCAAGCCGCCCCCGGCUCCUCGCGCACACUCCUUGACGUUGAUUUUGGACAGACAGGAGUCGAUCAUUUUGCUGCUCAGCUCGACGUGAGUGUCACUCUCACUCGAAAGACCCGGAAACCUGUCAAGGGUCGUAGGAUCGAUGUUCGAAAAAUGCGGGACCCCUUGUCGAGGGACAUCGUGCGUACAAUCUGUCGUACUACCCCAGAUGUGCCUUGGAACGUCGAUGUUCACACUCACUGCGACCUGGUCACCCGACACCUCGUUGAUAGCCUUGCCCUUGCUUUCCCAUUAAGCGGUGCCGUAUGCCGCCGAGCAUACUUCACGGCCACCACAUGGGCCUUCCGCCAGCAGCGAACUGCCUGUCGCAAAAUCCUUCACCGAGGUAUAGCUGCCCUCAGCCUGGGGGAAACCGGUGCGGCCUUUUGGGCUUGGCGAACACCUGCCCACUCUACCAGCAUAUGGCGUCUCACGGUUGCCGGGUCCCUCAAGUGGAUUCACGGCACAAGUCAAAGCAUCCGGCAAUUCAAGGCACUCAAGCCAAUGCUUCGUCGGUCUAUCCGGACUGACCGGGCCUCUUACCUUCGAGAGACGGCCCAACAAGCAGCGACUUCCACUGCCAAAUCUGUCUACGAAAAACUCCGACCGCUCCUGGGCCCGCCCAAAUACAAACGACGGGGACCGCAGGAACUUCCAGCGAUCGCCCUCGAGAAUGGCGAAAUAGCCCAAACGCGUGCUGAGACUGAAGCAAGAUGGAUCCGCCACUUCAGUGCUGUUGAAGCCGGGCACCCCGAAGAUCCCUUAGACAUUGUUGGAAAGUGUCUUGCCCGCCAACACGGGGAUGCAUCAGUUGAACUCAGCCUAGAAGCUGAGGAUGUUCCGACCCGCACCCACAUUGAGAGCUCUAUGAGGAAAACCCCUUGUGGUAAGGCAGCUGGGAAGGACAAUGUGCCGCCUGACCUCCUACACCACUUCGCCUCUGAACUCUCACUACCAGUCUAUCGGCUAGCUCUGAAGGCCUUUUUCAGGCAGACCGAACCGCUGCAGUGGAAAGGUGGUGAAUUGUUUCAUGUGUGGAAACGCAAAGGUUCAGCACUAGACUGCAGUAGCUACAGGGCCAUCCUCGUCAGCUCAACCCUUGGUAAGGCUGUGCAUGGAGCCUUCCGGGAGAAGACUGGUGCAGUCUUUGACAGGGCAGCAGCGCCGUUACAACUUGGCGGAAGACGCGGUUGUCCCGUCCAACUCGUCGUGCAAGCUGCACGCCUCUUCCAACAGGCCUGUACUGCCCGAAGGCAAUCGAGCGCUCUCAUAUUUGUAGACCUUAAGGAAGCGUUCCACCGGGUCGCAAGACCCCUCGUACAUGGAGGUGAGGUAGGUUCGGAACACCUUGCCGCUGUAGUCACUGCCUUAGGUCUGUCUGAGGACGUAGUGCCUCAGCUACAGCAUUAUGCCCAGAGUGCCUCGCGCUUCCGCACCGCCGGAGCCUCCGAAUGGUCUUCUGCCAUGCUCGCCGAAUUUGGGCGUGAUACGUGGUUUUGUCACGGGCAAGGUGAAGGUACAGCCACAGUCACGUCCGGUACGCGACCCGGAGAUAAUUUGGCAGACGUCCUCUUCUCAAUGCUUUUUGCAUCGAUCCUGACCAACCUUCGAACCGCCUUCCGCGAUGCAGGCCUUAGCGUCUCCAUACCCUGGAGCGAUGACCUCUUAUGUGCUGCCCCUGGCACACCCCUCCCUGACCAGGAGGGGGAGACUGCUCGUCCGAUUGAUGUGACGUGGAUGGAUGACCUUGCCCUGCUUGUCACAUCGGAUAAGGCUGAGGACCUCCCAAGGCGUGCCAUCCUGGUAGCCACUGCCACCAUCACUGAAUGCAUCAAGGCCACCCUUUUGCCGAAUUUGGCUGCUGGGAAGACUGAAGCUGUUUUAUGCCUUUACGGCAAAAACUCCAGGCGAACCGCUGCCACUGUUUUCCAAGGUGGAGAGCCCUCUCUCCAGCUCGAGUCCCAAGUGUGGCCACAGGCACGCCUGAGGCUCGUGUCACUGUAUCGCCACGUUGGUGGCUUGAUACAGGCCGGUGGAGGCCACACUAAGGAACUUCGCUCUCGCAUAGGCGCUGCUUGGCAGAAUUUUCGGACCCACAAGCGCCUGGUCUUUGGAGCAUGGCCCCAGUGUGACCAAAACACCAUUGACCGACUCCACAAUGUCCUGGUGCACAUGGCCAGGAUGAUGCUUCGGCCUCGCUUUCGUUUCGAACAAGCGUUGCACUUGAGUGCAGGCUAUGCCCUAGCACACGCCCGGAUUCUACCAGCCAGCGACACUGUGCAUCUUGAGCGCCUCCGCCAACUGCGUGCCGCGGUUUCACAAGCCACCCCUGAACUUUGGGCGCUGCUCCACUGGGAAGGUUCAUGGCUUCGAGACGCCCAGGCUUCCUUGGACUGGCUCAACGAACGCCUGCACCAUGCCGGCCAAGAACAGGAGCUUGUCCGCUCCUGGCAGAAUGCGAUUCAAACCUCCCGCGAUCGCCCAGGUCUGAGGAAAAGAAGCCUACGCAGAGCCAAGCUCACAGCUGCAAUGGAGGCUAAGUGGAACGCGGAGAAGCAACAGUUUUACGGCUAUCUUUUUCGCCAACUUAGGGCUGCUGGGGCUUAUGUGACCGACAUUGCCGAAGUCACGACACCUUCCGAAGUUUGUGGUCCUUGCGGCCGGCAUUUCCGUGAUCUUCGAUGUUGGGCCCAUCAUGCUUUCAAGGCCCAGCCCGCUCCGGGCAUUGGCAGCAAAAAAUAUGACGACGGGCAUAAGUCCCAGCUUCCUGUUGUGCGAGCUGAAGGUCCCAUGCCCAUCUUGCCAGUUGCUCCGAUUGCCUUUGAAGCAGACCGUCCCUCAGAAGCCGUUCUUCUUCGACUCGAAGACUGCUUCACCCAUGGACUUUCUUCCGAGCAUUCGUUCGCUGCCCUCUUGGACUUCUACCGUCAAGCCUUCUCCACAGAGUGCCUCCAGAGUACUCGUCUGAAGGCCACCGCUAUUGAAUGGCAAACCAGACUCGAAGCUGAGCUUGACGGAGACAGUGAUCAUCCCAUCGAGUGGGGAGCAUGGCACACACGCAUCACCCGUAGCCUCCUCCAUAUUGACUGGGCCGAUUGGCUUGUCCCGGACGGGGACAGGGUUGACCACGUUGCUCGGGUCUACCGCGAUGCUGAGGUGCUCCUGCCCUGGAUCACACUCGAUGUUGCUUUGCCUUCUCUUGGUGGGCCCUUCCCUAUCUCUCGAUGCUACAUGCCUCGCCCUCAGGCAGGGAUCUACACUACGACCCACGCUGACUGCAAAAGCAACCCUGCUCUCCUCGCAGUAGAUCAAUGGCCGAUUGAGGACUGGCGACAUACUGCUACAGUCCUCUCAGUUGCUGAUCUACUCCCCUCCCACGGUCUUCCAGUUCCUCUCAGGUCCUUUGCCAAACUCGAGAAGAGCCUUAGUGCUCUCAGAGCCCAUGCUGACCUGAUUCGAGGCACCUUGCACCUUUGGAUUUCUGGGUGUCCUGCUCUCCUCCUCUCCGCUACCAGUGACUGCCCCGGCCUUCAAGCUUUGGCACAGGUUGCACCCUACAGAGGAAGCUGUCGGGACCUCCAGGUGUUUGGUAACUUCCGUUGGGAGGACUCUCUUUCCUGUCUCACCUUUUAA